AUGGCCGGCACUAGGCGAUCCACGCGACAAGCCGCGACGAAGCCCAAUCCCAGCGAAGCAUCUUCAAAGAGCAAGCCCGCAGCUGCCGCAGGCACCAAGCGCAAAGCGGAAUCUGAAGCCCCUGCGAAAGGCAAGCGCGAAAAGAAGGGGGCCAAGAAGGAGCAGACGACCAUUGAGGCGUCAAUGCCCAGUGAUGACAAGAAUGGCGAUUCCAAAGAGGAUGUCGAGAUGAAAGAUGAACAGGAAGCCGAGCCAGCUGAGGCGAGUAAUGGCAAGACAGGCGCUGAUGAGGUCGCGCAAAGAGAGGAGGAAGUGAGGGAUCAGGAGCCCAUGGACGAGGAGAAGAAGGAGGAAGAGCCUUCUGCUGAGAAAAAAGAGCCUGAGACUAAUGGCGACGCAAAAGAAAACAGCGAAGAAGAGCCGAAGAAGAACGGCUUUGACGCUCUCAUGGACCACACUGACAAAGACGAGGACAAGAAUGUUACUGAAGAAGGCACUGGAAGUAAAGUCUCCAAAGCCGAAGAUGCGGUUGAGGAUUCCUCAAAGCGUGAAGAAGCCACACCAUCAAGCAUUCUCGAGAAAGGGAUCAUUUACUUCUUCUUCCGAGGUCGCGUUGGCAUUAAUGAGCCCACCGACGUCAAUGACAUCGCAAGAAGCUACAUCGUUCUGCGCCCUGUGCCUCACGGCGCGAAACUUGGCGAUGGUCCGAUCGGUGAUGCCGGAAAUAAUCGCAUGCUGGCGCUGCCAAAGAAAGUUCUCCCUGUCAGCCCAAAGGAUAGAUUCAUGACCUUCGUCGAAAAAGCGAACAUCAGCAUGGACGACAUCAAGAGCCAGCUAUCGUCUUCUGACUACGCUACCAAAACAGCUGGCGCCCGUCAUACCCCUGCCGCAACUCCCAUUGGCGAGGGUGUCUAUGCUGUCACCCAGACAGGUCGCGAAACUCACUUAGCCUACAUCUUGACCAUCCCCUCCGAGCUCGGCGAAAUACAGCAGGGAGUGGGGCUCAGGCAGCGUGGCAGCUAUAUCACGAGCGCCAAGAAUCCUCAGUCUUCUGGCCCAGCAAAUGCGAACUUGCCACAAGGGGCGGAGUAUCCCAAAGAAAUUCUUGACGAGUUCCACGGCCGAGGCUGGAUGCCACUCCAACCCAAACUUCUCAACUACGAAAAUACGCAGUUCUUGCUCAUUGGGCACAAUGACGACGCCUUGGAGAAAGCAGCCAAGCCUCAGGAUGGGGAGGAGGAGAAGCCAGAGAAGGAGACGCCGCUGGAGGAGAUGGAGACUUUGGAGCACGAGGAUGAGAUUCGCGUUGAGCAUCUGAAGGGUGAUGAUUCCGUCUUCACAGAUUUGGGACUCAGCGCAAAGGAAUAUCCCAAGCUACAGACGACAUGGUAA